AUGUUUGGAGAAAUAAGUCCAUCUACUCCUUAAAAAUUUAAUAUAGUUAAGAACUUAAAAGCAUUAAAUAUGCCUUCAUAAUAAACAGAAAGCAGCUUUAGAUAGAGUAAUGGAAAAAGUAUAAAUACAUAAGAAAGUUCUUAAGUGAAUAAAGAAAAUAUUAGCUAAAGAGUGGAAACAACUUAAAUAGAAAUUUAGCUGAUACAUGUUUUGUAGGAGAACAAGAACUUAAAUGAUCUUAUAUAAAAAUUAAACAGGGAAAAAUAGUAGUUAUAAAUUAUAGAAAAGAAUAUAGAUUUUAAUCUAGUUAGAUAAAGAUUUGAGAGCCGUGAAUGA